CUGCAUUGCCUGGCCUUCACUUUCCCUCACCAGCUCUGCACUCCCCACAUCAUGUUUGGAGAGCACUGCAGUCUCCCUUCAGAGCAAACUCUGCUCAGCCACCCCCCAAAAACUGGACUCCGCUGCAAAAUGGUGCUUCAGGCUGUCAGCAAAGUGCUCAGGAAAUCUAAAGCUAAGCCAAACGGCAAGAAAACUGCUUCAGAGGAGAAGAAAGUGUACCUGGAGCCAGAGCAUACCAAGUCCAGGAUCACUGAUUUUGAGUUCAAGGAGCUGGUAGUGCUGCCCCGGGAGAUCGACCUCAACGAGUGGCUGGCCAGCAACACAACAACAUUUUUUCACCACAUCAACCUGCAGUAUAGCACAAUCUCAGAAUUUUGCACAGGAGAGACGUGUCAGACAAUGGCUGUGUGCAACACACAAUACUACUGGUAUGACGAGCGGGGGAAGAAGGUCAAGUGCACCGCCCCCCAGUAUGUUGACUUUGUCAUGAGCUCUGUGCAGAAGCUGGUAACUGAUGAAGAUGUGUUCCCUACAAAAUACGGCAGAGAAUUCCCCAGCUCGUUCGAGUCCUUGGUGAAGAAGAUCUGCAAGUAUCUGUUUCAUGUGUUGGGCCACAUCUACUGGGCCCACUUCAAGGAGACCCUGGCCCUCGAGCUGCACGGACACUUGAACACACUGUACGUGCACUUCAUCCUCUUUGCCAGAGAGUUCAAUCUGCUUGACCCCAAAGAAACCGCAGUCAUGGACGACCUCACUGAGGUGCUGUGCAGCAGCCCGGGUAACAGUGGUGCCACUGGGGAUGGGGCCAGCAGUGGAGCUUCUGGAGCACAGAACCAUGUGAAGGAGAGAUGAGCCUCCAGGGCCAGAUGGGUGCACAUGUGCAAAGAGACAACUGUGUGUCUGUGUGUGCGCACACAUGCCCCGGGGCGUGCUGGUGGCAAGGUCUGAGGUCCCUGGGCUGCGCAGAGUGUGGGCUCCAUGGAUGCCGCUGGAGUCAAGGCGUGUUUCCUGACUUCCCUGUUGGAUGGAUGAGUGCUAUUUGUAGUGAAGAGCCUUUGGAGUCAUUCAUUCAUUCAACAAACAUUUAUUGGA